GCAGACCUUAUUUCUCUUCUGGUUGCUGUUCCAUCAGUAUUAUCAUCUGAUAUCAACUCAGAUAAGGGCUUCAACUGUCCAUCAGAUGAGAUAACACAUUAUGCAAUUCCAGAUGAUUGUAGAAGGUAUUAUGAAUGCAACAAAGGAAUGAGAUACCUGAAAACCUGCCCUGAGAAUUUAUACUGGAAUGAACUAGCUGACAGGUGUGACUAUGCAGAUCGAACCAAUUGCACUGCGAAUGGAACAUCUACAUCAGAACCAUCAACAACAGCUUUCACGCCAGAUCCACACUGUCCAUACCCAUCAGAAAAUAUAACAUACGACGUCUAUCUACCCGACUGUAGAAGGUUCUACGAGUGCUUCGAAGGCAUCAGAUAUAUUUCUUGGUGUCCUGAUGACCUCUAUUGGAAUGAUGUCGACCAUUCCUGUGACUCUUUGGACAAGGUCGACUGCAGUCGGAAUUCCAGUAAAACAACUUCAACUACUUCAACUACUUCAACUACUUCAACUACUUCAACUACUUCAACUACUUCAACUACUUCAACUACUUCAACUACUUCAACUACUUCAACUACUUCAACUACUCCAACUACUUCAACUACUUCGACUACUUCUGCCUCACCAAGUAACAUUUGCGCCGACAAGCCUGAUGGAACUUUUCUACCCAACCCAACUGAUUGUGCAAAAUAUUAUCGAUGCGUCUUCCACGUUGCACAUGGUUUCACCUGUUCCGGAAACACUUUUUGGGACCAAAGUAUCCUCUCCUGUGAUCAUGCAGAUAAUGUGGACUGCCAUAAAAAUGUCACAAUGAUGGACCCUUAU